AUGGAGACGGCCAUGAACAUCUCUGAGGCCCAGGAGAUCGCGCUUGAGAAGUUCAAGAUGUUGAUUGGGCACGAGCAAGUGUCUCUUAUUUUGGCUCAAGGCCCGAACGCACUUCGUGCACGUCUCUAG